AAGUAAUCGCACAAUUUUCCUAUUUGUUGCGGUGGGUGAGAUAAUUCGGUAAAUACUAUAGCGAUAGUAUCAGCGUUUGCAUUCGCACCAGGAAUAGGACAGUGGGUGUUGCUGGAAUUUUAAUUAAUUGGUGUUUUUUUGUGUGGUUGUGGAGAAUCGCGAGGGAUGUUUGGGGUGGUUAGCUGUCACGCACGACGCGGGGUGAUGAUGGAAAGAACCACUAAAAUGGACAAUGGUGCGCAAACCGCCAAGGUGAAAAUGUCGGGCUAUCUCUACCUGAAAAUCAAAAAGCGGAUGAUGUCCUCGUGGAAAAAUUACUGGUUUGUGUUGGAAGAUCGCCUGUUGCUCUACUACAGGUCUAAGGAUGAGUACGAGGCGAUAUCGCCCUGUAAAGGGUCCAUCAAUUUGGGACCUCCCUGUGCUGUUAAGUCGUUGCCAUCGGUACAAAAUGGGUUUCAGAUUGAAACAAGAACAGUUACUUAUACUCUGAAAGCUGAAAACUCCGACGAACAAAAAAAGUGGAUGCAGAUCAUCCUCUCCGCGCUCAACCAAAACCAAAACUUCAACCCAGACGGUGCCAAAAGACUGAGUCACUUCCGUUACUCUUUAGACGACCUAAUCCCAGAGGUGGAACCCAACGACAGCAAGGUUUUGCACAAGACGCCCUUCGAACGCCAGAACACCAUGCCUAAUCCCCUCAAGUCCCCAAAAGACAACAACGAAAUCAUCCAGCGUUUGCAAAAAAUAGGGGCCCAUAGCUACGGAGGAAGCCUAGAGGCUAUCAGCAAAAUAGCCACCAAAAAAGUUGCAAGCCCCACGGUGGUCGAAAACACUAAAGGGUCCAAAGAAUCGGUACCUGAAGAUUCUAUCAGGGAAGAACUGGAAGACGACAGGGAGCUCUUGAGGCACAAGCGGGUCUGUGGCGAGAAUAUCUAUGAAAGGAUUUCAGGAGACUCUCAAUAUUCGAAUAGAGGGAGUUUUCUUGUGGAUAACGAAAAUUACAGUGUUCCGUUACGGAAGAGUGUUAGUGUGGUUGAAAGAGAUGUUGAGAAGAGUCCGCUGGUGCAAAGUCGAGAGACAAAAAGUUUAGUGGUCGAAAAUGAUCAGUAUGGAAUUACCAGAUGCGUUCAGAGUGAAGAAGCUGUCUAUUCUGAGCCCAAAGUUGCUGGACAUACGGACUGUAAUAAGAAUAGUGUGAUAGUAGAAAAUUCCUUCUACACUAGUACGAACGUGGUAAACCGUGAGAGUACUGAUAGCGAAAAUCUGUACGAAGAUUUAGAUAAGUUUAACCCUUAUAGUCGACCGGUGGUCAAAGUUGUCGAUGAAACGUCUAGUCAGAGCUCCGUAGAGUGUAGUAAAGUGAACAAUGACAAGAAGAAGGAACAAAACGGUGACAGGUCGUUGAAGAAAUCAAAAAGUUUUAUUAAACGAAUGUGGAGGAAGAAAAAAAGUAAGAAAGAAGAGAAACAAGAGGAGGAAGAGAUUUACGAAGAAAUUGAUCCUUCAGCAGUGGAAAAAACUUCAGUUUCCGACGGAAACGCCAUACAAAUGUUAUCCGAGCUUCAUAGUAUUCUAGAAAAACAAAAAACAAAAAUGAAGACACCGACGACUAGGCCGAAUAAUGAUCAAGUAGAGAACGACAGUAAACCUCCAACAACCGUAACAGAUUCAGGAACAAAAUGUCCCACGUUGCCACCUAAAACUCAUAAAGUACCACACCACACUGUAUCAAAGCACUCUGUCGAACGAAGUUUAGACGAGAUCCUUGAAGAUUUAGAUAAAGAGAAAAUGGAAUCCAAGAGUAAAGUUCAAAUGUUGAUUGAGAAAUUUAGCGAACCGGAAGGUGAUGUAGUUUUGAGGAAACAAGACAAACCUGAUUUUAAACUGUGUCGACACUCGGAUGAGCUUAAUAAGUUGUUGAAUGAGUUGACGAAGGUCACUUCUGCUCCUAUCAUGACGCCUGGAGUCACUAGUAGUCUGGUUAACCCCAAUCUCACUGACGAAGAGUGGCUGAAAUUACUUCCCAUACGUCAAAGGAGAUUAUCAGAACCGGACUACGACGUACCGCGACUCCACACAUCUAUACAACUACCAAAAACUGAAUCAGAUGCAGACGCUUUACCAGCCACCAGGUUCUUCGGACCGGUACUACCAUCGUCCUUAACAGAAAACAAACAAAGUAAACAAGAACCUGUGCCGUCACCUCCUGUUAGUAUGACUCCUGAUUCUCUAGAAGUAGAGGAGCAGCAGAAAUACCCAACCCAUUACUCGUACACAUCUCACGACUACAACAACUAUAUUGACAAUCAAACCGAUUUGAAGCGUUUUUCUCAAGAUUACAACCAAGACGACAAAAUUAUUUAUGCAAUGCCUAAAUCUUACGUUUCUGUGGCCACGCAUAUUGUGAAUACAUGUCAGAAUAUUUGCGGUGCCCCAAUGACUGACGAAUGCACCAUUAUUUACAAAACUGUAAAGAACGUUGAGGUGCAAGAAGAAAUCUUCAAAGAUUCGCUAGAACUUUGCAAUGAGACGUCAACGGAGUUUUAGAUACGGUUGUUUUGCAUAUACUCAUUGUUUUUAUUACUACUCGUUCAUAUUUAAUUUUAAAUGCAAUAAAAGACCAAAGAUUACGAAA